AUGACCGACACUGCCUCUGCGGAGCUUCCAUGGCAUGCGGCCUAUCCCGCCCCCAAGUCUACCGUGCCGUCCUUACCCCGCAAUCAGCUUCUGCACUGGUUCCAGAAUGGGAAGCAACCCGGCCGGGAUUUUGUUCUGGUCGAUGUACGACGCACUGAUUUCGAGGUCCGUUCAUGGGAGGCACUAUUCGAGGAUCCAUCAACCCCCGCCCACAGUUUAUAUCCCACGCUGCCGGGUGUGUACGCGCUGCUUUCUCAGAGUGGUGUGAAACAGGUGAUUUGGUACUGUGGUUCCUCCAAUGGACGCGGGCCCCGUGCAGCCAACUGGUUUGCAGACUAUUUGGCAGAGAAACAAGACACUUCGAUGCAGAGCUUGAUCCUGGAAGGGGGCAUCAAGGGCUGGGCUGCAGCCGGGGCCGAGUACACUGCAUGGAUGGACGAUUAUGAUCCGAAUGUGUGGACAAAGAACAAGUAG